CCAAAAGGUCUGUUCCCCAGCAAAGAGCAUGGCUGAGCGCACCGUGCCUCAUGCUUACCCCAUGAGUGCAGAGUAUGAGUUUGCCAACCCCAGCAAGAUCUAUGAUCAGAACUUUGGAGAAGGCAUUUCCCCUGGAGACAUUCUAGCUCCCACACUGUACCAUGGCUAUUACAUACGGCCUCGGAUUAACAAGCAGUUAGACCGAGGGGUCUCCGAGGUCAACCUCAACGAGCACAAAUUCCAGGUAUUCCUUGACGUCUGCCAUUUCACACCCAACGAGAUCACCGUCCGCACAGUGGACAACCUCCUGGAGGUGACGGCUCAACACCCACAGAAAGCCGACCGACAUGGCUUCAUCACCCGAGAGUUCACCAGGACCUACAUCCUCCCGUUGGAUGCUGACCCUUUGUUGGUCAAAGCCACAGUGACCCACGACGGCAUCCUGAGCAUAGAGGCUCCGCGGACAGGGAAAGAAAGGAGAGCCAAGGUUAUGGAUGUGAAGAUAACAUGCCAAGAAGAGCCAGCAGGGCAAGAAGGGAAUUCUGAGGAGAAAUCUCAGUCCUGA